GUAGAUACAAACAUAGAACUCCACAGAUUGAUGUAAAAAUAAAAAUUAAACAAGAUGAAACAAAAAUUACAGAAAACUGUAAAAGUUCGAUAUGUGUGGUCAAAUAUCAUGGUUCUCGGCAUUUUACACCUCGCAGGAUUAUACGGAAUGUUUCUAAAGUUCCAAAAUAUACCAGCAGAUAUUUUCAUGAUAGUUUACGGAGUAAUAUCAACAUUGGGCAUCACUGGAGGUGCACAUCGUCUAUGGCAUGGCCGGCCAAUCCCAGGCCCGCGGGCCACGAAGUGGCCCGCCAGGACAUUUGAAUUUGCCCGCCGCAAAAACCAAAGUUGGAACUUUUGUAUGUGUAUAAUAUUUUAUCACAUUAGCACAAAUUAUUCUUAUGUUCAUGGCACCUAUCAAAACAGUAUUUAUAUUUGGGCGAGAGAUCAUCGCCUGCAUCAUAAAUGUUCUGAAACAGAUGCUGAUCCCCACAACGCAAAAAGAGGAUUCUUUUUCAGUCACGUCGGAUGGUUAAUGAUGAAAAAACAUCCCGAUGUUAUCAAUAAAGGCAAAACAAUUGAUAUGAGUGAUUUAUAAGCUAAUAAAAUAGCUAUGUUUCAACAUAGACAUUAUUAUCUCUUAGUUCUGUUGAUUGCAGCUGUGUUACCAUCUUGUUUCGCGCAUUACGCACUUGGAGCAUCGUGGAAAGUCGCCAUUUUUCGUGUAACGAUUUACAGAU